AUGGCUACGUCAGAACUUGAUGAGGAUGAUGAUGCCCCGGGCGAGGAAGAUGCAGACUUUGACAUGGAGAGUCCUCAGCUGGGACAAGUGAACGCCACGAGCCACGACAGAUCAUCCUCCGAAUCUAGUUCUAGACCUGGCAAGCGGAAAGCAGAUGUCGAUGACGAAGAGUACAUGAAGCAAAACCCAGAGCUUUACGGGCUGCGACGAAGCGGCCGAGCCAGACCAGCUAGGCGCGUGGUAUACGGCGAUGACGACGAGGACGCCGUCAACACCGGCAGCCGGCGGAAACGCCAAAAAACUGCUACCGCCCGACCAUCAUCUAUACGAGAGUCGUCGCGUGCUGUCGCCUCGGAUGGGACAGAGUCUGACCAGGACACCUAUGGCGGUCAACGUGGCCGCACAUUCGCGAAGAAGCAGAGACAAAAGUUGCAGGGUGUCGCAUCUGGUUCAGGUACACCUCAGUUGGGUGAAGUGCGCUUCUCAUCCCGGCGAGCUGCCAAAGUCACCACCUACAACGAGGACGAAAAUUUCGACAACUUCGAAGAGGAGGAUACCGAGAACGUGACGCCGAACUAUUGGACUUAUGUCGAAGAAGAGAACACGCCAGCGAUCGACUUAAUUCUCAACCACAGGGUGGUUGAAGGCGUUGAGAAAGACACUCCCGACAAGCACGACUACGAAUUCUAUAUCAAAUGGCAAGGCAAAGCACACUAUCACGCAACCUGGCAUACGUGGCGAGAACUUUCCGACGCUGGUUACAAGGGCAUCCGUCGCCUCGAGAACUACUACCGCAAAAUUGUCAUCAUCGACCAACAAGUGAAGUCAGACCCAGAUAUUGCGGCGGAAGAUAAAGAACGCUGGAAUCUCGAUCGUGAAGGCUACCUGGACUCGCUGAAUGACUACGUGCAAGUCGAGCGUGUCAUUGGCGCAAGAGACGGAGAAGAGGGUAUAGAAUACUACGUCAAGUGGAAGAGUCUGGGAUACGAUGCGUGUACGUGGGAGAGUGCCGACUUGAUCAGCACCAUCGCCCAGACCGCCAUCGACCGAUACCUUGAUCGCUCUGCGAAACUGCCCGUGUCGGACAAGAUCGAGCAAAACAUCAAUACCCGCUCCGUCUACAAGCCAUUCAGGACACAGCCCUCGUACAUUAAGGGGGGCGAGCUUCGAGAGUUCCAAAUACAUGGUCUGAACUUCUUGGCGCAUCACUGGUGCAGAGGUAAUAAUGUCAUUCUAGCAGAUGAAAUGGGUCUUGGGAAAACAGUGCAAACUGUGUCCUUCAUGAAUUGGCUUCGACAUGACCGCCGUCAGCAAGGACCGUUUGUUGUCGUUGUCCCCCUCUCCACCAUGCCAGCGUGGGCCGACACAUUCAACAACUGGACACCGGACCUCAACUACGUGGUAUACAACGGCAACGAGGCGUCACGCAAGAUCAUUCGCGAGUACGAGCUCCUGGUUGAUGGCAAUCCGAAAAAGGUCAAGUUCAACGUCCUCCUGACGACAUAUGAAUACAUCCUGGCGGAUGCUCCUUUCCUGUCGCAACUCAAAUGGCAAUUUAUGGCAGUCGACGAGGCUCAUAGACUGAAGAAUCGCGAGUCCCAGCUGUACGCGAAGCUUAUGGACUUCGGCGCCGCCAGCAGGUUGCUCAUCACGGGCACACCGAUGCAGAACACGCUCGGCGAAUUGUCUGCGCUGAUGGACUUCCUCAUGCCGGGCAAGAUUCACGUGGAUGAGCACAUUGAUCUCAUGUCUGAAGACGCCAGCAAGAAGCUCUCCGAACUGACUGAGGCAAUUUCACCCUACAUGAUUAGACGGACCAAGCAGAAAGUGGAGAACGAUUUGCCGCCCAAAACCGAGAAGAUCAUCCGCGUUGAGCUUUCCGACGUGCAGCUGGAGUAUUACAAGAACAUUCUCACUCGCAAUUACGCAGCAUUGAACGCGGGGUCCAAGGGGGCCAAGACAUCACUGCUUAAUAUCAUGAUGGAGCUCAAAAAGGCAUCCAAUCAUCCGUUUCUGUUCCCUGCUGCCGAGGACCGCAUUCUCGCCGGGAGUGACAGCCGUGAUGAACAGCUCAAGGCUCUGAUUACAUCGAGUGGCAAGAUGAUGCUUCUCGACCAGCUCCUCACCAAAAUGAAGAAAGACGGGCAUCGUGUGCUCAUCUUCAGCCAGAUGGUGAAGAUGCUCGACCUUCUGGGAGAUUAUUUACAGCUCCGAGGAUAUCAAUUCCAACGCCUGGACGGAACGAUCGCAGCCGGACCACGGCGUAUGGCGAUUGACCACUUCAACGCGGAGGGAAGCCAAGACUUCUGUUUCUUACUGUCUACGCGAGCGGGAGGUCUUGGUAUCAAUUUGAUGACCGCUGAUACAGUCAUUCUGUUUGACUCCGACUGGAAUCCCCAGGCCGAUCUACAAGCGAUGGCACGAGCCCACCGUAUUGGCCAGAAAAAGCCAGUGACUAUCUACAGAUUUGUCUCCAAAGACACUGUGGAAGAAGAAGUCCUGGAACGCGCGCGCAACAAGCUCAUGCUGGAGUUCAUUACCAUCCAGCGCGGCGUCACUGACAAGGAUGCUCGUGACCUUGGAGAUCGCAUGCAACGCAUCGGAGCAGCUACUGCUGAGCCCACCUCGUCUGACGAUAUCUCGCAGAUUCUGAAGAAGCGAGGACAGAAGAUGUUCGAGCAGUCAGGCAACCAGAGGAAGCUGGAAGAGCUUGAUAUUGAUGCUGUAUUGGAAAACGCCGAAGAGCACCAGACGGAGCAGCCUCAAGGCAUGACUACAGACGGUGGCGAGGAAUUCUUGCGGAGUUUUGAGUACACUGACGUUAAAAUUGAUCUCGAAUGGGACGAGAUCAUCCCAAAAGCUGAAUUGGACAAGCUCAAGGAACAGGAACGUAAGAAGCAGGAAGAGGAGUAUCUCGAGUCUGUCAUCGAGGAGAAUCAGCCACGAAAGCGCAAGGCAGCUGGUGAGGAAGGCCGCGACCAGCGCGCUGCAAAGAAGCGAGCGAGAGAAGCAAAUAUGCAGCACAUGGACGAGGAAGGCUCUGGAGACGACAACGACUCCGAUCACGGUCUCGAUCCGAGACGGGCACUAGGUGAGAAGGAAUGUCGCCACCUCAUCCGCGCUUAUGAACGAUUUGGUGCCAUGGACGAGAAGGAAGAAGAGAUCAUCAAAGCGGCACGCCUUCAGGGACGUGACGUGAAGAUUGUGCGAGAUACUCUUCAAGACAUCAUCGACACCGCCAUCCGCUUGCAGCAAGAAGAGGUCGAUCGCCAGAACGAGAUCGAGCGGACUACGGGCAAGCCAGUCACGAAGAAAGAGAAGAAGGCGGUGCUGUUCGACUUCAGGGGUGUCAAGCGUCUUAAUGCGGAGACGCUCACUGAGCGACCCGAAGAGAUGCGCAUGGUGCGGAAUUGUGUGGAUCAGUGUUCCGAUUGGCGAAACUUUCGCGUACCAGAAGCGUCUAAGCCUGCAUCAUACACCAGCGAGUGGGGUGCCAAAGAAGAUGGCAUGCUCUGCGUUGGUAUCGCUCGACAUGGCUAUGGUGCAUGGGUUCCAAUUCGUGAUGAUGCCGAACUUGGGCUCGGCGAGAGGUUUUAUUUGGAGGAGCAUCGAGUUGGCGCCAAAGAGGAGCGCAGCAAGGCGGGCGACGAGAAGACAAUUGCCAAAUCUCCUGGUGCGGUGCAUCUCGUCCGGCGGGCCAACUAUUUGCUCAGCGUGCUCAAGGAUAAGAUCAGCAACGGCACCAACCAGGCUGCAAAAAAGGCGCUGGAGAAUCAUCAUCGCAAUAACCGGAAGCAUAUUGGCCAAUUCCACGGCCGCAUGGGCACGCCCGGACAGUCGGGCAGUCCUGGUCCAAACAGCAUGCGUAACAAGCACUCUGGUGAUGGCAGGAGAAUGCAUCAGUCGGACAUCCGCAAUAGCAUGGACCGCCGCACGCCACACGCCGGCUCGCCAAACGGUCACCGGCCACGCACUUCGGAUGACAGGCGUCCGGGACAUCAACGAAAUGGAAGCUCCCACGCUAACGGUGCCCCAAAGCCGUUGACUGAAGCCGAACAACGUGCUCGCCGCAUUUUAGAUCCGGUCAGUGCCACACUGCACAAAGUCUCAAUGGCCAACAAGAAACGAAUGCCUGAUGACGAAGCCCGCUUGAAACUCAUCAAACAAAGCCUCAUCGCACUGGGAAACCAUAUCAACGGCCAGGUACCACAAAAUGGCAGAGACAUGGUUGAAGAGCUUUGGAAUUAUGUGAGCGAUCAUCAUUGGCCACAGGCCAAGGACUCCGCCAAGCGCGUUCCCGGCCACAAGCUGCUGGAAAUGUACACCAAGCUGUCCGGGAAAGACAGCCUGGCAGCAGCAGCCAAAUCGAGCUUGGUAAAGUCUAAGCCAAGCUCAACUUCCAAUGGGGCGCCGAAAGCCACUACAGCUGAAUCACAGGCUGAGGAAGCCAAGCCGAAGCCGAAGAGCACCACGGAAGAGACACAUGUCCCCUCAGCCGCGCCCAAGGCUGAGGCGGUCAAAAUAGAGACAGAGUCUCCUGUUGUCAAGAAUGAGUCCAGCCCGGCUGAGAAUAGGGAAACUGUUAUUGCGCAGACUGCAGACUAA